CACACCUUCUAGAGCACUGCAAUCCCGUUUCUCCUUAGUAAAGGAAGCAAACAACCAUGAGAGCUAAAAAUAUGUCAGGCUCUCCUGGAGGAAGGCUCCUCUUUCUCGUCCUUCUUAACCUUCUUCUUCUCCAUGCUAGUGCUGGUGCUCGCAAGCUGCUGAAUGAAAAGGCCAACCAUGAAGAGGCCAACCAUGAAGAGACCAACCAUGAUCAGGCUGCUCCCAACCUAGAUGACCAAAAAUGGUUUGAUAAGUCUUGGGGAGGUGGUAUGGGGGGUGGAUAUGGUGGCGGCGGCAUGGGCGGCGGGUUUGGUAAAGGUAUUGGUCUUGGUGGAUUGGGUGGUGGGUCUGGUCUAGGCGGUGGCUUGGGUGGUGGUUCUGGUCUUGGUGGCUUGGGUGGUGGUAUUGGCAAAGGCCUAGGCGGUGGCUUUGGUGGUGGUUCUGGUCUUGGUGGCUUGGGUGGUGGUUUUGGCAAAGGCCUCGGCGGUGGCUUUGGUGGUGGUUCUGGUCUUGGUGGCUUGGGUGGUGGUUUUGGCAAAGGCCUCGGCGGUGGCUUUGGUGGUGGUUCUGGUCUUGGUGGCUUGGGUGGUGGUUUUGGCAAAGGCCUCGGCGGUGGCUUUGGUGGUGGUUCUGGUCUUGGUGGCUUGGGUGGUGGUUUUGGCAAAGGCCUCGGCGGUGGCUUUGGUGGCGGUUCUGGACUUGGUGGCGGUUCUGGUCUUGGUGGCUUGGGUGGUGGUUUUGGCAAAGGCCUCGGCGGUGGCUUGGGUGGUGGCUCUGGUCUUGGUGGCUUGGGUGGUGGUUUUGGCAAAGGCCUCGACGGUGGCUUCGGUGGUGGCUCUGGUCUCGGUGGUGGCUACGGGAAAGGUUAUGGCAAGGGUUUUGGCUGGGGCGGUGGGUACGGCAAAGGCUUUGACAAAACUACAUUUGGCCUUGGCCAUGGCUGGGGCGGUGGCUACGGCAAAGGCUUUGACAAGAGUGCAUUUGGCCUUGGCCAUGGCUGGGGCGGUGGCUACGGCAAAGGCUUUGACAAGGGACUUGGUUUUGGUGGCGUUGGAGGUGGCGGAGGUGGUGGCAUGGGCGGUGGUGGUGGUGGCGGUGCAGGAGGAGGGUACGGAAGCUACGGAGGUGGGCACCAUUGAAGAAUAAACUGGGAUUUGCCUGAUCAGAUCUGUGGCCAAUAAUGUGUCCUGCGCUUUCUAGUUUUGUAUUUAUGUUCUCUAAGCUUAUAUUUGAAGACUUUAAUUAAAGUUGUGGGUUUCAUUUGUCUUUCAUUAUUAACUGGUGUCCUUAUCUCGUUAUUAUAUCUCGACCAUUUCAUUGUGAUGCCUCUGUAUUGCUUAGAUAUAUUGUCCAUUUUUUA